AUGGCAGCAACAACGGCAUUUGUACUCUUCCUUCUUUGUGUCUCUCAUUUCUCUUGGGUCUCAGCUAAAGGGGGAUUCACCAUUGACCUAAUUCACCGUGACUCACCUCGCUCUCCCUUCUACAACCCUUCAGAAACUCCAUCCCAACGCUUGAAGAAUGCCUUCCACCGUUCCUUCGGUCGACUCAGCCAUGUCAACCCAACAGCUUCCUCUUCAGUAGCUCAGCCUAACCAGGCCGAGUCCACUAUAAUCAACAACCGCGGCGAGUACCUCAUGGAGUUGUCUAUCGGAACACCACCAGUUCCGAUCAAGGCCAUCGCUGACACUGGAAGUGACCUCAUCUGGACUCAGUGCAAGCCUUGCGUUGAUUGCUACACGCAAACCGAUCCUAUUUUCGACCCCUCAAAAUCGUCUACUUACAAAACCAUUCCUUGCGCUUCAAACCAAUGCACUGAGUUGAAGGGCAAGUGCCCCACCGCGGGGAACGGUUCAAGUUCAGCUUGCCCAUACGAAGUGAACUAUGGUGAUCAGUCACACACAAUCGGAGAUAUUGCCGUGGAUACCCUAACCCUAGCUUCCACUACCGGGAGAGACGUUUCCUUCCCAAAAAUCAUUAUCGGUUGUGGCCACGAUAAUGCUGGAACAUUUGACAAAAAUGGGUCUGGAAUAGUUGGACUCGGAGGGGGUGACGAGUCACUGAUUACCCAACUGAGCACUUCUAUAGAUGGAAAAUUUUCGUAUUGCUUGGUCCCUUUUGCCUCAGAAGGUGACCAGACAAGCAAGUUGAACUUUGGUGACACUGCUGUGGUUUCCGGCACUGGCGUUGUGUCCACUCCCAUCGUCCAAGAUCAAACCAAAAAAACCUUCUUCUUCUUGACAUUGGACGCUAUAAGCGUCGGCAACACGAAAAUUCCCUUCUCAUCAUCAUCAUCUUCACCCUCUGGUGACGGCAACAUUAUAAUCGACUCCGGCACCACGCUAACCAUACUAGAACAGUCCUUCUACUCAAACCUAGAAGAUGCAGUUGACAAGGUUGUCGGUAGGGAGCGUACAUUCAUCCCAGGGAUUCCAAUGUCUCUUUGCUACACCGUGAGUCUGUCCGAAGAAUUGAAAGUGCCAAAUAUUACUGUAAAUUUCAGUGGUGCGGAUGUGGAGUUGGAGCCAAAGAACACGUUUGUUAGAGUCAGUGACGAGGCAGUGUGUUUUGCUUUUGCACCGUCGCAAAGUCUUUCGAUCUACGGGAACCUGGCUCAGGCAGGUUUCGUGGUAGGAUAUGACCUUAAGAAGAAGACUGUGUCCUUCAAGCGAACUGACUGCACCAAGGUCUAA